GGACUUGGAUUCUUGACCCUUUCAGCUGUGCUACCUUCUUCUGACUGCCAAUCUGUCACCAAUAUCAGGGCAUGUUCUACUCAAUUCCAAAUUAUCUUCUUUUUCUUCUCAUUGUAUCUAGUAGCAGCCGCACAAGGGGGGCACAAGCCUUGUGUUCAGGCUUUUGGAGCUGAUCAGUUUGAUGAGCAAGAUCCAGAAGAGUGCAAAGCCAAAAGUUCAUUCUUCAACUGGUGGUAUUUUGGUAUAUGUGGAGGUACUAUGAUAUCACUUUGGAUUUUAAACUACAUUCAGGACAACCUCAGUUGGGGUCUUGGGUUCGGAAUCCCCUGCAUUGUUAUGGGCCUUGCACUGGUCAUAUUCUUGCUUGGAACUACUACUUAUCGGUUUAGCAUCAAAGGUGACGAGAAAAGCCCAUUUAUUAGAAUUGGCCAGGUGUUUGUAAAAGCAGCUAGGAAUUGGCAAACUACCACUUCAGCCAUAUCCAUUGAGGAGGAAGCUCGGGGAACCCUUCCUCACCAAGGUUCUCAACAGUUCAAGUAA